GCAUCUCAUCAACCUUGCCCUUGACAAACUAUCAACCACCCAAACCCGAAAAUAGGAAUUUAACGAGCGACUCUUCUCGCGCCCGAACUUCAAAACCGAAAUCAUGGCUACCGGAGCGCAAUCUUUCUAUGAGCUGUACCGUCGAAGCAGGUACUGCGCCAUAUUGCUAUGCGCUGCUAUGCGACAGCCUGACUAACAUGGUUCACUGCAGCAUUGGUCUCGCUUUGACAGAUACCCUCGAUGAUCUCAUCAGCGACGAGCGCAUCAACCCUCAGCUUGCCAUGAAGAUCCUGAGCAAUUUCGAUCAGGCCAUCACUGAGGCUCUUCAGAAGAACGUUAAAGCUAGACUUCAAUUCAAGGGAAGCCUUGACACCUACCGAUUCUGCGACGAAGUCUGGACCUUUUUGAUCAAGAACGUAACCUUUAAAAUGGACAAUGGGAGUCAAUCCGUCACGGCGAACAAGGUCAAGAUUGUCAGCUGCAACGCCAAGAAGCCUGGCGAAGGACAAUAAGUCAACGACUCACGAAUGCGCACGAUCGAAUACGAAGAAAGGGAUCUGCAACUUUCAUAAAUUGGGAAACUACUGAAAUUCUGCUUUUCCAGCAUUGGGCGGCGUUUGGAACCUGGCUCUUUACAGUUACAGGACAUUGAUUUAUCGUGGGCAAGAAGUUAAGCACUAGAUUCAGUGCUAGGGAGCUAGACUUGAUCUUAUGCACAAUCAACAGAAGUUUAGUCAAGAAUGAUAUUAUAUUGCUUUAUUUGGACUC